UUGCGUCAUAUCGUCAGUUUGUGUUGGAAUCGUCUGCUCUUUGUCACACGUCACAAGCUGAGUGACGAUUUGUCCGUCGAGCGUUUCAUUUGCGUGUUUAUAACGAGUGUCUGAAGAUCAGAAUAAGAACUAUCAAGACACUUGAUGUGUUUUGCAUCAAAAGUCCGCGAACGGAAUCUAUAUAACGUUUUUCGUUGAAACGAAAAGGAGUCUUCCACAAUUUCUUGAACUGUUUGCGACAAGAGCAAUCACGUAAACAAUGCCUGCUGCACCUAGUGCUACUUCCGUUGGCUCGGUUGGACGAUCGCCUAGUAAAGCCAUCGCACCAAGAACAGGUGGUAGCGGUACUGUUAGGCAAAGGAAAACCACUGUGACCUCCUCGGCUAGGAAUAGAAAUACAGGCACAAGUUCCGGUGGCAUGUGGAGGUUCUAUACAGAUGAUUCACCAGGUAUCAAAGUAGGUCCCGUACCAGUACUUGUAAUGUCACUUUUGUUCAUUGCAUCUGUAUUCAUGCUUCAUAUUUGGGGCAAAUAUACUCGAAACUAGAAUUAAGCAUAAGAUAGAACAAGAUUGGUGUGAAAGAGUGAAACAAUGGAUAUAAUGCAAAAAUAAAUUACCAUCUUGAGCAGAUAAGAUGUAGAUUUUUAUAUGCUAUCAAGAAAAGGUGAAUAUAUAUACAUAUUAUAAUACAUCAUUGAAAAAAUUAUCAUAAAAUUCAUUGUAAAGUGCGCUAUAUACAUCAUUAUUGUUAUACAGUUGAAAUGUAUUCAAAUUAUGGAAUAAUACAUUAAGAGAGUGGUUUUUUAUAUAAAUCCAUGAAUUAUAUGUAUUGUGCAAAAAGUGUGAAAGUAUUUAAUUUGCAUUUGUAAUAUUAAGGAUAUAAUAAUAUGUAAUAUUGAAAUAUAGUUUAUUUUUACCCUAA